AUGGCCUCCACAGAGCUUUUAGGACAACAAGUUUACCGUGGUCGAUUGCACGACUGGCUUCAAGGGGUGCGCACAUCGGGCCCCAACUCGGAUAUUACCAAGGCCUUGGAGGAUGAGCCAGUAAUGGAAGCCGAGCGGCUACGAUUGGUCUACCAGCUCAUUGCAAGACCUGAAAAUGAAGGUGGUACCGGAAUCAGUCAGGCAAGCUCCAAAUGGAAAUAUGUAGUCGACGUUUUCCCUAUUCAUGACCAGCCCUUCAAUAAGGCAUGGAUUCAGAAAUGGAGCAAGAAGUACUUGUUGGAUGACAGCGAUCUCGAAGAUAUUCGCAGCAAGUUUGGAGAGAGCGUCGCGUUUUACUUUGCGUUUUUAGGAUGUUACUUUAGAUUCUUGGCUUUUCCCGCCGCUUUGGGCCUGGGGGCCUGGGUGCUGCUAGGUCAAUUUUCUUUCGUCUACGGGCUUGGCUGUGGUCUUUGGACGGUUGUCUUCCUGGAGUACUGGAAAAAGAAGGAAGUUGACCUGGCAGUACGCUGGGGCGUGCGAGGCGUAUCUGCACUCCAACUACCUCGCACACAAUUCGAAUGGGAGUAUGAGGCCGAGGAUGCCGUAACCGGCGAGCCUGUCAAAGUCUAUCCGUAUAUGAAACGGCUCAAGACGCAGCUGCUCCAAAUUCCUUUCGCCAUUGCCUGCGUCCUGGUUCUCGGUAGCCUUGUUGUCAUUGCGAACUCACUAGAGAUCUUUAUCAACCAGGUCUAUGACGGCCCAGGCAAGCAGUAUUUGGGAUUCUUGCCCACUAUGAUAUUGGUCAUAUUCACACCUACCUUCUCGGCUGUUCUCAUGAGCGCCGCCAAUGCGUUGACAGACAAGGAAAACUAUGAUACCGUUGAUGCCCACAAAGCUGCUCUCAUCCAAAAGCAGUUUGUACUCAAUUUCAUGACCUCAUACAUGGCCCUUAUCUUUACUGGCUUUGUUUAUAUCCCUUUUGGCAACAUCUUGCUACCAUUCCUGGACUUUUGGCGACGCACCGCUCAAACGCUUACCUUUAGCGACAAGCCUCUUCCUACACAACUGUUUCGCAUUGACCCUGGGCGUAUCAGUAGCCAGAUGUUCUACUGCACUGUUACAGCUCAGGUCGUCAAUUUCGCAACCGAGGUCAUUGUUCCGUAUGUAAAACAUAAAGCGUUUGCAAAGGCCAAGGAAUUCAAAUCAAAUGGACUAUUGCAAGCACAAGAUCACCCCGAAGAGGCUGAAUUCUUGAGGAGGAUCCGCGACGAAUGUGAACUUGAGGUAUACGAUGUUACAGACGACUACCGGGAGAUGGUUAUGCAAUUUGGUUAUUUGUCGCUUUUCUCUGUUGCUUGGCCAUUAGCAGCCUGUUGCUUCCUGGUGAACAAUUGGGUCGAGCUCCGUUCCGAUGGAGUGAAGAUUGCGAUUAGCUGCAAGCGGCCAAUUCCUUGGAGAUCCGACUCCAUUGGUCCUUGGCUCAAUGCCAUUGGGUUCCUGGCUUGGCUAGGAAGCAUAACCAGCGCCGCCAUCGUGUUUCUUUGCAGUGGCUCGCAGGACCAAAAGCGAGGAGCCGCGUCUCAGAUCACUGCGUGGGGAGGGUUGCUCAGCAUCCUUUUGGCGGAGCACUUUUACCUUCUGACUCAGCUGGCGGUUCGCUUUGUCAUGAACAAGGUUGAAAGCCCCGGCAUCCAACAAGUACGAAAGGAGCGAUACUUGAUGAAGAAGAAACUGCUGGCGGAGAAUCUUGGUCAACCUGCCGCUGAGAAGGCAUCCAUACCAGGUGUUGAGGGCGGAGAGAAAAUUACGAGACAGGCCCUAGAGGAAGAGGCUCGUCAGGCUUCAAUCCGAGGACAUGGGAGUCCUGAAGAAAUCUUUUGGCAGCGUCAGCGAAGCAUGGAGGAGACAAUUCUAAUUGGUCGAAAGAUGAUCGAGCAACAGAUGGCAGCAGAAAAUAAGAAGCAGCAACCUACACCGGGUCCCAGUCCUCGGGCAUAA